AUGCCUGGUCAGAACUACAGCACCAUGUCAGAAUUUAUCCUCUUUGGCUUCUCAGCCUUCCCGCAGCAGAUGUUGCCCGCCCUCUUCCUGCUGUACCUGCUGAUGUAUCUGUUCACACUCCUGGGGAAUCUACUCAUCAUGGCUGCUGUCUGGACAGAACGCAGACUCCACACACCCAUGUACCUCUUCCUGUGUGCCCUCUCCAUCUCUGAGAUUCUCUUCACUGUUGUCAUUACCCCUCGAAUGCUGGCUGACCUGCUGUCCACUCAUCGAUCCAUCACAUUUAUAGCUUGUGCUAACCAAUUAUUUUUUUCCUUCACAUUUGGCUACACUCAUUCCUUCUUGCUCAUGGCCAUGGGUUAUGACCGCUAUGUGGCCAUCUGCCGCCCCCUGCAUUACCAUGUGCUCAUGAGCCUCCAAGGCUGUGCUCGUCUUGUGGCCUGGUCUUGGGCUGGUGGUUCACUCAUUGGGGUGACAGUAACAUUAAUAAUUUUCCACCUCACCUUCUGUGAAUCUAACGUGAUCCAUCACUUUCUCUGUCAUGUGUUUUCCCUCUUAAAGUUGGCCUGUGGAGAAAGGACAGCCUUUGCCACCAUUGUUGUGAUCCUGGUGUGUGUCACACCCCUCAUAGGAUGCCUGGUCCUUAUUGUCCUUUCCUAUAUCUUCAUUGUGGCUGCCAUCUUGAGAAUCCCCUCUCCUGAGGGCCGGCACAAGACAUUCUCCACAUGUGUAUCCCAUCUAACUGUGGUGAUUGUGCACUAUGGCUUUGCCUCCAUCAUCUACCUCAAGUCCAGAGGACCCCAUUCACUUUACACUGACACCCUCAUGUCCACCACCUAUACAGUCUUCACCCCUUUUCUUAGUCCAAUUAUUUUCAGCUUCAGGAAUAAGGAGCUGAAGAAUGCUAUUAAUAAAAGCUUCCACAGGAAUUUCUGUCAACAAAGUUCCUAAGGGUCAACUCUGUUGUUGUAAAAUUAAAAGGGUGCAGGUUUCCCUAGAACUCUUGAAAUGAUUCACCCAUAUGUGUCUGUGUUUGAUUCCCUAGUGAUUUGUUUUCCACACUUUUUCCUUUGCCUCAAGAGCUGUGGUCUCUUGUGAUCUGCUGUGACCAUUUGCCUCCCUCUGUCUUCAUCUGUGAUAGUGUCAUGUAUGCAUGAUGUUUUCUCUGUUUUAUGAAGACUUAACAUUUUCAUUUUUGGAUAUAUUAUGCACUUCUAUUUAGUUCUAUAAUUUUUAGUCGAUAUUCUCAAAGAGCUUUCUUCUGUCUGUUAUCCCUAUUUGUAAGCCCAAGUUCUUACCUUUUCCGUUACAACAUUUUAUUUUAUUCUCCAGAUAAACAAAUUGACAACGACUGAUGAAAAGCAAUUCUUGUAUGGGAAUUUGCCUGAUACUUAAGCCUGAUACAUUCAUGGGGACAAGGAAGUA